AUGGAGAGUAUUCUUGAUCAACUCGUCGCAGCACUGUACAAAGCUCCUCCAUCAUCUGAUGUUCUUUCUCAAAUAGUGACUUUACUUCAACAACAAACUGAUCAAUCCGCAUCCAGUUUUGUUUCCAGCACACAUCCAUCGUUACUUAUUCUCGAACGAUGGACAUGGGAACUAUUUAGCCAAGAGUCUCAUGGAUGGAUUCACGAAACAUCCUACCAACAACUUUUGCAAACUCUUGCGACAUUCAAUGAGAAGCUAAUUUUUAACUGCCGUGAUAUCGACAUAGAGACGAAGGGAUCUCUUCUAUUCUCUGUAACGAUUGAGCAAAUCAACAAUGUCUUCUUGUACAUUGAUCGGUGCAUCGAUGAUGAUGAUCCAUUUAUUGCCUACAUUAUUCUAUGGCUCGAUAAUCAUUCACAUUUUCUCUUUGAUAAUCUGCAAUACGCCUCACCUGUGAUUGGCUAUAUCGGUCAAUAUAUUUUAAAUAACUAUAUUAUGAGCAAAGAAUACAAAAUAUAUUUGACUCAACUUCGGCAACCACAUUUAUCACAUGGAAUAUUUACAGCGAAGUUUUUAUUCUACGUUGCAGCAUGUUCCUAUUUCUGCAAUUCGUUUUUAAUUCAAGAAGCUUAUAGUUCAUGUAAUCCUGAUGAAAUCAUUCAAUAUUUAUCCGACGAUUAUCUAGAAAUAAUUCAUGUUCACAGCUAUAAUGUUGCAUCCUGGAGUAAAGAACUACUUCGUUGCAUUGCACGACUUGUUAGUUUCACUCUUGGAUGUUGUUGGUCAAAUCGAGCGAAGAACAUACAGAUGGAGACAUUGUUUCCUACAGAAAAAGCUGCACGUAAUCACUUUGAACAACUGUUGUAUAUAAUAUCUUAUGAGCCAUUUUACAAACAGAUUAAAAAAGAUCGCUCGAACGAUGAAACGAUUCUAGUGGGCUCCAUUUUAACACUGUUUAUUUUAAUAAUACGCAUGAGAGAGACGAAUUGGCUUUCUCAUUUAAGCACAAAAUUACGAACAACUAUUCUAUCCAUUAUUGAAACUGCUAUUAAUGAUGAAGUAGCUUUAUGUAGUUAUGGCGUACUAUGCGAAGUUCUGACUGAUGAGGAAUUGAAAGAUUUGAAAGUGGCAGAGAAUAUUUAUAAUUAUCUCCUUCAAAUGAUCGAAGCUGCUUGGAAUCAAACAGCGGAAAAGUAUAAGCGCAUACACAUGAUACUAUUGCUUCAAGGUUGCCAAGCUAUAUCGAAAAAUGAUUCAAUGCAACAAAAGAUCGCUCAAUCGGAUAGAAUACAUUUACUUAUUGAAAUGUGUGAUGAAUAUCCGAUUGUAUACGAUAUCAUAUGGGCGCUAUCAUUUAGCCAAGAUAUUCAACAACAACUUCGUUCUAAUCCAUCCUUCAUGUCUAAAUUAACUCGACUAGCUAAACAAUCAGAAAAUGAACAAAUGCGUAAAGCAAUCAAUGGAAUUCUAUGGAAUCUUGAUAUCAAUCACGAAAAUCGUUCAAUUGAUGAUAAACAUACGACGAACAUAUUUGAUAUUAUGAUCAGUUAUUCGCAUAAAGAAAAAGUUCUGUGUAAGCAAAUCUAUGAGGAAUUGAUCAAAGCUGGUUAUCGAGUUUGGAUUGAUUUCGAUCAGAUGCAUGGAAAUGUGAUGGAUGCGAUGGCACAAGCCAUUGAACAAUCGAAUACAGUUAUUAUGUGUAUGAGUGAACAGUAUCGAAAAAGUAAUUAUUGUCGAGCUGAAGCACAAUAUGCGUUCCAACGCGAACGGAAAAUAGUUCCGAUUCUUCUACAGAAACAAUAUAAACCUGAUGGAUGGCUCUUGUUUAUUAUUGGUCAAUUACUCUAUGUUGAUUUUAACAAGUAUGAGUUUUCACGAGCCAUGCAAAUGUUACAUAAUGAAUUGAAAGUUGAAUUGAUGGCGGAGACUCAUACCGCACCGGUUCGACCAAAAGAAGAUAGCGUCGUAGCUCAUUCUACUACAUAUAUAUCUCCACCCGAAGUAUUGAGGUCAUCAAUCGUCUCUGAGAAUAUUCUUGACUGGACACAAUCACAAGUACAAAAUUGGCUAUUAGAACAUAAUCUUCGUCAGUUGUCUCGUCUUUUCACUGGCUGUGAUGGUCGUAGUUUACUGCAUUUAAGCAAAUACAUGAAAAAUUGUAAGCCACAACAAAUUUUGAAUUUACUUGAAGCUGAUGCACGUCGUCGAAUAAAUGAAAGCAUAUCAAUCAUUGAGAUAUGCUGUUUUCAUUCUCUCAUGCAUGAACAGAAGAAACGUCGUCAAUCAACGCAUGGUUCAAAUACAUAA